UAAAAAUUUACUAUGGAAGAAAAGUAUAUCGCUGCUAUGGUAUUAGCAGGUGUUGGUGAUGCCAUGGGCUAUAAAAAUGGUUCUUGGGAAUUUUGUUUUGAUGGUGAGGAAAUUCACAAGGAAGUCAAAAGUCUCGGUGGUGUGAAGAAACUGGUCAUUUCUAAGCCAAACUUUAUUGUUAGUGAUGAUACUGUAUUGCUGCUUUCGACAGCUGAAGCUCUCAUUAAAAAAGCGAAAACUGAAAACCUGGAAGAGAUUUAUUCAGAAAUUGCUUUUCAUUAUAAGCGAGAUUUUGUGGCAGACAUGUGUAAUCGAUCUGGAGGUUUAACAACAGCGAGUUCAUGUUAUGCUUUGCGACCAAGCGCACCAAAUGGUUGGCAAAUUCCAUUUAAUCCUCGUGGUGGAGGGUGUGGUGCAGCAAUGAGGACAAUGUGCAUCGGUUUGCGCUACCCAAAUAUCUUUAAUGUUGCAUGUCUGGAAAAAUUAAUAGCAGUAAGUGUUGAAAGCGGACGUAUGACUCACAACCAUCCAACAGGAUUCUUGGGUUCGUUUGCAACUGCUUUGUUUGGUGCUAUGGCCAUACAAAAAUUGCCUUUACUAAGAUGGGGAUUUGUUCUUAUGUCUCUCUUACCCAAAGUACUGACUUAUGUUAAGAAAGAAGGUAGAGAUGUGGAGGAAAAUGAAAAGGCAUGGUCAUAUUUCCAAGAGCAAUGGCAAAAAUAUUUAACAUUGCGUAAUCUACUAGAUGGCAAGAGUAAGCCAGUUUUUCCAAAUAAUUAUGGAGUUAAAGACAGGGAUGCUUUUUAUAAAUCUCUAGCUUACCAGUGUAGAUGGGGUGGCGCAAGUGGACAUGAUGCCCCCAUGAUUGCAUAUGAUGCUCUUUUGUAUGCAAAUGAUCAAUGGAUGACGUUAUGUAAACAUGGUAUGUUGCACAGCGGUGACAAUGACUCAACUGGUGUCAUUGCUGGGUUCUGUUACGGUGCAAUGUAUGGAUUCAAAGAUGUCCCUGAUUGUAAUUACAAAAGAGUUGAAUACAGCGAAAGGUUAACUAAUGCUGGACGUAUGUUGUAUCAAAUAGCCUCAACAAAUGGUUAUCUUGUAAAGUCGACUGAUGGUUGUGAACUGCCUGUUGAAAAAUUAUUUCUGCAGUAGUGCAAGAUUUAGUAAAUAUACAUUUUGCGAAUAUACUGUCUGAUGAUGUAAGUUAAAAAUAACAUAUUGAGUUUACCAUAUCAAUCAAAUUGCAUCAUUUAUUAUAAGUUAGUUCUAUAUCGAAUUGCAAAAAAAUACGAGACAAUAAAUACUAUUUAAGUUUAAGACAUUAAAUCAAUCCUUCUUGCAUAUUAAAUUUUUUAUUUAAAAUACGAUGAAAAUUAUAGUAAAAACAGUUAGUGAAAAUCUUAGUAUCGUUAUGUGUUUUUUAGAUUUCUCUCUAUCGAGUUUAGAUAUUUGAUUUGGAUACAUACUUGAACACGGGCACUUUAUUUAAAACAUAUUUUAAGAACGGUAUGCUUUUUUUACAUAGCUAUUUAAGCAGUGCGCAUUUAUUUGGUGAUUUUUAGUACUGGUUAAUCCAUUAGGUGAAAUUUCUUUUCUUAAAUUAUGUUGAUAAAUUAUGUUUAAAAAGCUGUUUUUGAGUUUUUUAUAGGCACUGUGGGAUUUUUUACCUUUUUAGUUCAACACAUGUUUUGCGCCCAAUUAAAAUUUCCUUUUACACUAAUGUAUCCAUCAUUCGUUUUGUGUUUUCUAUAUACAAACAUAUUUUAAAUUAUUUUAUCAUCUAUAAUGUUGUUUGAUAUACAUAGUCACUUGUGUGUUAUGUCAAGUCUGUAAAUCAUUAAAUUUGAACUUUUAAUGUGUUUAUGUUUUUAUAUGUAUUAUUUGAACUUUAUAUACCUUUCCACAUAUAAAAAUAGUAUUACGGUGUAGUUCAAACCUUGGACAAAGUAUUCAACAACGUUUUUUAAACAUAAAUUGGUGCCAUGUACUUGUAAAAGCUCUUCUAAUAUGCGUUUGUGUCAUGUGCAAAUAUUCCACACUUUAAUUUACAUUAUGUGUUGUGUAAUUGAGAAGUUAGCAUUGUUUUCAAAGCAAAAUGAAUGUCGAAAGUCA